AUGUCGCACAGAGAUGAACAGUAUGUAGGUCCAUACAGGCUGGAAAAGACGCUGGGAAAAGGGCAGACAGGAUUAGUGAAAUUAGGAGUUCACUGCAUCACAGGCCAAAAAGUUGCCAUUAAAAUUGUAAACAGAGAAAAAUUAUCCGAAUCUGUUUUACUGAAGGUCGAGCGGGAGAUUGCAAUUAUGAAACUGAUUGAACAUCCGCACGUCCUAGGACUCUACAAUAUUUAUGAGAAUAAAAAAUAUCUGUAUUUAGUGUUGGAGCACGUUAGCGGGGGUGAAUUAUUUGACUACCUCGUCAAAAAGGGCCGUCUGACACCGCGUGAGGCCCGCAAAUUUUUUAGGCAGAUCAUUUCGGCCCUGGAUUUUUGCCACAGCCAUUCUAUCUGCCACAGAGAUUUGAAACCUGAAAACUUAUUAUUGGACGAAAAGAUGAACAUAAGAAUCGCAGAUUUCGGCAUGGCCUCUCUUCAGGUUGAAGGCUCUUUACUGGAAACCAGCUGUGGGUCUCCUCAUUAUGCAUGCCCGGAGGUGAUCAGGGGCGAAAAGUACGACGGGGUCAAGGCCGACGUGUGGAGCAGCGGAGUUAUCUUGUACGCCCUACUGGUGGGCGCUCUACCAUUCGACGAUGACAACCUGAGACAAUUGUUGGAGAAGGUUAAGAAGGGGGUCUUCCACAUACCACAUUUCGUACCGGCUGAUUGCCAGAAUUUGUUGAGAGGCAUGAUAGAGGUCGACCCCAAAAAAAGAUUAUCGUUGCAACAAGUUCACGAUCACACAUGGGUCAUGUUAGUGUCGAAAAGUUUUCCAUCAUCAUCCUCAUCCUCAUCGGAGCAAGGAGUUUCAGAUUUGGAAAUCCCAAUGGCGCAGGCUGUCCAAACUUCAGUCAUACCGUGUAAGAAUGAUAUUGAUGUUGAUGUGCUUUCGACAAUGAAUUCCUUGCAAUGCUUUAAAGAUAAGGAGAAAUUAAUUCAGGAAUUACUCAACUCUAAACACAACACUGAAAAGAUUGUUUACUUCCUCUUAUUGGACCGGAAGUUGAGACAGCCGUCUGAGGACGAUGCCGAUGACGUCAAAGCCAAGUCAUCUAUUUAUAGUGACCCACCCAGGAAACGUAUCGAUACGGCCCCACUCAACCAAUCACAGGCCAGGUUUUCACUUGGAAAUUUGACGGAGGGCUCUCCGCUUGCCCCCAGGAGGGCGCUGACUGUCCACCAAUGGAGGCGAAACAGAAGCCUACAGAACUGCACCUCCAACACGAGCCUCUCCACCAACAACAACAUCACAACAACGCCAUCGUCAUCAACACCAACAACAACAUCAUCAUCAUCACCACCACCUCCGCCACCACCAUCGUCAUCAUCAUCAUCAACGAAUCCUUGGAAAGCCAGACUGCACUCACUGAAGAUCAGUUUUCUGGGGUCGCCGAGAUUCCAUCGGAAAAAAAUGCACGCAGAACAAUCAUCUGAUGACCUCUCAAUGACACCCGGAUCAUCUGCCGAGUUCACGAAAAAAUCCUGGUUCGGCGCGUUAAUUGGGUCAGAGCGCGACGAGCAGUGCUUCGUGAUGGUGAAGGAUAAGAAUAUAGGUCAGGUCAAGGCCGACUUAAUACACGCGUUCCUUUGUAUGCCAGAUUUGAGCCACACGGUAAUAUCGCCGACGUCAUUCGUCGCCGAAUACAGGCGCAACCCAACCAAUUCCGUUUUUAGCAGACACGUUAAAUUGCAGAGGUGCGGGGUACAUAUGGCUCCAGAAGUUUGUUAA